AUGCUACGCUUGGGUUUCCUGCUGGGGCCGUUCGCUCCUAGUCACCGAACCUGCCCCUUUUCGAACUUUCAACGAGUCUACAGGGCAACGAGCAACGCUGAACGUGUUUUUCUGUUUCGCACCGGGAGGGCAAGUCUAUCCAUGAGUGGCUGGGCACGAGGCUCCGUCGUGGACGUGGUUGAACAGCGAAUCAGAGACGCGCUUAAACCGCAGAGCAUUCGCGUGGAACCGACCUACGGUGACCCGAACGGCACGCACGUGAGCAUCCGGGUUGUUGGGGACUGUUUUCGAGGCAAGCGACCUGUAGCUCGGCACCAGCUGGUGUACCGUGCCAUCUGGAAGGAGAUGGACGCAGGUCUCAUUCACGCUGUUGAUUCUUUGGAGACGUUGACCCCGGAAGAGGAGGGAGAAGGCAAGUGA